CCCCGCCCUCUAAAUAAAGUUAUAAACCCCUAAAUCGAUCUUCUUCCUCUUCUUCUGUACAGUCUCGGUGACUCACACAGUCGCACUCCCCUUCUCCGUAUUCAAUUUUCUCAGUGAGAGAGAGAAAAAAUAAAUAAUUAGUUAAAAAAAAUGAGAGAGGAAGAGAUAGAGAAGCUCAGGGGAGUGGUGCGGGACUGCGUGAGCAAGCACCUCUACUCCUCGGCCAUUUUCUUCGCCGACAAAGUGGCGGCCUUCACCAAAGACCCCGCCGACAUCUACAUGCAGGCCCAGGCUCUCUUCCUCGGCCGCCACUUCCGCCGCGCCUUCCACCUCCUCAACGCCUCUCAGAUCGUUCUCCGCGACCUUCGCUUCCGCUAUCUCGCCGCCAAAUGCCUCGAGGAACUGAAGGAGUGGGACCAAUGCCUCUUAAUGCUCGGCGAUGCCAAAGUGGAUGAACAUGGAAACGUGUUUGACACAAAGGACUCUAAUGUCAUGUACCUCGAUAAAGAUGGGGAGGACCGUGAGAUAAAUAUAUCUUCAGCUAUAUGCUUUCUAAGAGGUAAAGCAUAUGAAGCCUCGGACAACCGUGCCCAAUCUCGACUGUGGUACAAAGCCGCUGUCAAAGCUGAUCCUUUAUGUUAUGAGGCUUUGGAGCGGCUUAUUGAAAAUCACAUGCUGACUUGUGAGGAAGAGGCAAGUUUACUCUCAUCAUUGCAAAUUGGUCCUGAAGACGGAUGGCUCUUGUCUUUCUAUUCAUGUUUAAUAAAGAAGUAUGACAAAGAAAAUGUUGUAGAAGCCAAAUUCAGGGAACUUGAAAAAGAAAGUUGUAUUAGUGACCCUUCCGAUCCAUCUGUCGUGCGUACACUAAAAUCCAACACUGAUCUUUUGGCCUGCAAGGCUGAAUACUACCAUCAAUGCGGGGAAUAUCAAAAAUGUUUUGAACUAACAUCUGUACUACUUGAAAAAGACCCUUUCCAUCUGAAAAGUACCUUGGUGCAUUUAGCAGCAGCCAUGGAGCUUGGACAUUCAAACGAGCUUUAUCUUAUGGCAUGCAAUUUAGUGAAGGACUAUCCUCAAAAGGCUUUAUCAUGGUUUGCUGUUGGUUGCUACUACUAUUGCAUCAAGAAGUAUGACCAAUCACGCCGUUAUUUCAGCAAGGCUACAAGUCUAGAUGGAACAUUUCCACCUGCUUGGAUAGGUUAUGGAAAUGCAUAUGCUGCUAAAGAUGAGGGUGAUCAAGCAAUGUCAGCAUAUCGAACUGCUGCUCGUUUAUUUCCAGGGUGUCAUUUACCAACUUUGUACAUUGGAAUGGAGUAUAUGCGAACACACAGCUUUAAGCUUGCUGAACAGUUUUUUAUGCAGGCCAAGACAAUAUGCCCUUCAGAUCCGCUUGUUUAUAAUGAACUAGGUGUUGUUGCUUAUCAUAUGAAAGAGUAUAACAAAGCUGUGUGGUGGUUUGAGAAGACUUUGGCACACAUUCCAUCUCCUUUAAGUGAAUUAUGGGAACCAACCGUAGUUAAUCUUGCCCAUGCAUACCGAAAAUUAAAGAUGUACAAUGAAGCAAUUUCACAGUAUGAGAAAGCACUCACAUUAACUACAAGAAGUGUGAGCACUUAUGCAGGCCUUGCAUACACUUAUCAUUUACAGGAUAACUUUACUGCAGCGAUUACAUAUUAUCACAAGGCUCUAUGGCUGAAAUCCGAUGAUCAGUUCUGCACUGAAAUGUUAAGUUUAGCUCUUGUAGAUGAAUGCAGCCGCGGCGUAGACCCCAAAAUUGAAUUUCGAUGAAGUGAAGUUUUGGUUUGAUGCUAAUAUUAUUCUUUCUACUCUUUUGCUUGAAGCUAAUAUAAGCAGCAGUUAAAAUGGAUCCUAUCCUGCUUUUAUCAUCAAUUGUGAUGCCCGUAACUGUGCAACAUGUUGAAACAAAUCUUCAUGGCAUGGCUUUACCCAUGAUAUUCUUUCUUUUCUUGCA